AUGGGGAACGGCACAUCCGUAGCUGGUGGGGAAACAGCAAUUAAUGCACAAGAUACCUGCAUGUGGUACAGAACGUUCAUGAUGGAAUACCCAUCUGGCCUGCAAACGCUGCAUGAAUUUAAGGCACUUUUGGGUCUGCAAGGUCUGAAUCAAAAGGCUAAUCAACACGUGGAUCGAGUGUAUAAUACCUUUGACAUGAACAAGGAUGGAUUUAUUGAUGUCAAAGAGUUUAUUGCUGCUGUAAAUCUAUUUGUACGAGGAAAAGUGGAACAAAAAUUGAGAUGGUAUUUUAAGCUGUAUGAUGCUGAUGGAAAUGGUUCUAUUGACAGAAAGGAGCUACUGAAUAUCUUCCUAGCUGUUCAAGCCCUCAAUGGCCAGCAAACUCUGCAUCCAGAGGACUUAGUCAAUGUGGUGCUCCGUAAGACUGAUGUGGACAACGAUGGACAAUUGACUUUAGAAGAGUUCGUCAGUGGCAUGGAAAAAGAUGAGGAUCUCCUACAGAUGGUCUCCAAGAGCUUUGACCUCUCCAAUGUGCUGAACAUUAUCUGCAAUGGGAGGCAGCCUGAUUCGGAGACCGAACACACCAAGCAUCCCGACCAAGCUGCCCCGCGCAGGUGAAAACGGAGUCGCUGUGUGCAGCCC